GAUUUAAUUUCCCACCUUCUUCCUCUCUUCGCCUUUUGCCAAACAGAUGAUCAUCAUCAUCUUUUUCUUGUUCUUAAUUAAUUUCUAACAUUCUUGUCAUUCUCUCUCCAUCUUCUUUUCUACAUAACUAACUUCAUUUUCUUGUUCCCUUAUUCUUAUUCUUCCUUUUCUUCUCCAAUUUCAACUGCUUAAUUUUCUCCGUUUAGUAUAAGUUUUUUUUCUGGGUUUGCUUGCUGUAUAUGUUAAUUCUUAGUAGUACUGUUGAUUAGGGGGGUUUCAUUUCAGGAGAUAGAAGUAUUAAUUAUUCAAAAUUUUCAUGGCACAGUUGCCUCCGAAAAUCCCUAACGUGGUGCCAAAUUGGCCUGAUUUCCAUCACCAAAAGAUGCCUUCUUCGAUGGUGGUGAAGCAACAACAAGCUAACAACACUACUACAGCAACGUCACAAAACCCUUCGUGGGUGGACGAAUUCCUUGACUUCUCUUCGGCAAGACGUGGGACUCACCGGCGUUCGAUAAGUGACUCCAUCGCAUUUCUCGAGGCGCCAGUGCUGGAGGAUGAAUGUCGUGGAUCGGGCGGAGCACGGGGGUCGUCGUCCGGCCAUGAGUUUGAUAAAUUCGAUGACGAACAGUUCAUGUCCAUGUUCACGGAUGAUGUGCCAAAUGCAGUGGCCCCCACGAUGUCGUCCUCCAACCCCUCCUCGCCGUCCGAUCACAACAGCAUUAAUGACGAGAAAGAUGCACCCUCAGAUCAGAAGCACGAUGAACAAGUAAGGAAUGAGUCAGAGGAGGUAGAAAGCCAAUGCAAAACGGAGGAGCAACAAGCCGCCCCUAACGCUAAUGCCACCGCCUCCGGCGACCGGAUAACUGAUCCUAAGAGGGUCAAGAGAAUCUUGGCAAACAGACAGUCUGCUCAAAGAUCACGGGUGAGGAAGCUGCAAUAUAUAUCAGAACUUGAACGCAGUGUCACUACACUACAGGCGGAAGUCUCCGUGCUAUCACCACGAAUUGCAUUUCUGGACCAUCAACGUUUGCUUCUUAACGUGGACAAUAGUGCUCUAAAGCAAAGAAUCGCUGCGCUCGCUCAGGAUAAAAUAUUCAAAGAUGCUCAUCAAGAAGCACUGAAGAGAGAAAUUGAACGACUAACCCAAGUGUAUCAUCACCAACAAAGCAUGAAGAAGAGGGAAAAUGGCCCCUCACUACCACCGCUAGCGGCGGCUGAUGUCAAGCCAUCUUCCGAGGAGGAGCAGCUUCUUAAUGUUUGAGUUUGAGUUACUGGUUAAGAUAAAAGCUCUUUGUCUUAAAGACCAAAUAUUCUUUUAGGUUGCUAGCUAGGUGAUGAUUUUGUUGGUGUGUGUGGAAAUUAGGAGUUUGUGGGUGUGUCUGAAGCAUUCACGUGAUAUGUUUUAAUCCAACUUUGAGGGGACCACAAAAAGAUUACAUGAUUGGAUGGCAGCAAAGAAACACAUGCAUCUCUGCUUCAGACACUCUGGGUUUAUUUAUUUUUUUAUUUUUUUGCUUUUUUAUUCUUUUAAAACUGACAAAGAAGGCUUGGGCUAAAGAUAUUGUAGAAUUUAUUAUGUGUUCUUAUUCUUUUCAUAAGCACAGGCCGUGUUGCAGUGUUGGGAUGUAUGAAAGGGGAAUAAUUUGAUUGUACUUUUUCUGUGUUUUUAGUUGGAUCGUAAUCAUCGCUGGUUCUCUCAAAUGGAAAAACUGUACAAAAAUUCAUUUCUAGUUGUUAAUAGUGGAUUUUAUGGAUCAAUCAUUGAUCAAGUUUCAGUAAUUGUCUUGAUAUUUUGGGAUUAAAGUGGAAACGUAAUU